AUGGAGCAACAAAUAGUUCAAAAACUAAAGUUGAAUCAUGGUUUAUACUCGGAUGGGCAUAGCAUACAACCUAGCAAUGAAGCUAUUUUUACAGAUGAUGGCGGGUUGGAUAUAAUCUUAUAUAAAGGGGAACCAUUAGUUUACACGAAUAUAAACGAUCCAAAUUCUCCCACAAAUUUAUUCGGAUUCAACAAUGAUGUUGGAUUUAAUUCGCACUUACAACCUUCCGAUGCUUGUAUUAAUUUUCCAAUUGCUGAAUUCUCUUAUAAAGGUUAUAAAGGGGAAUUGAUAGAAACUUUUUCGAAAUGUUCAAAUGACGACGACGAAAAAUUACCUUUAUCAUGUCAGGUAUUCGCAAGGAAAGUUUUGGUCGGUGGUAAAUUAUUUAUCAAAAAUUCCAAUUUAGCUAGUACAAAACAAAUUGAUACCCUACAAUCCCAUUUAACUGGAAUAUAUAAUUCGGUCAAAUAUAAUAAAGAAAAUCCAUUCAGUUAUAUCGAAUGGUGUCAUCUACCGAUAGUAGAAACCUCAAAUGGGCAAGUGAUAAAAUCCCAGCAAGAUUUGAUCGAAUGGAUGAGCAAUCUAUAUCACAAGAAUAUGUUUGAUAUCAUUUCUUAUAACGAUAUCAUUCCCGUUCAAAAAUUAAGACCUAAUACAAUCCCCAAAGAAUUACAACCCGGGGUUGCUAAUUUUGGGAAAAAAUUAAGUUUUAGGAGGUGGGCGGAGCACGCAUAUUUAUUUCUUCAACUUCAGGGUUUAACAUUUAAUAAGAUUUAUAAGAAUUAUGAGGUGGGAAUUAGCAAGAAGAUUUCCGUUAAGUUCAUCGAUAUACCUGUAAUAAAUACAAUUAAAAAAUCUUACUUGAAACUUUUAAAGCCGGCAACGAAUUUAGAACAAUUUUUCAUAACUAAUAAUAUCGUUCCGGUUAAAGAUGCAAGAUCUUUUCCGUUCAUUAAAAAAUAUUUGAUCUGUAAUCUUGGUAACAAGGAUCAAGUUCGUUUGGUGGUCAAAUGUGAACGAUAUGAAAUUCUCAUAAAUAAGGCUCAUAUCAAACUCGCAAAGGGAUUUGAAGAAUCUAUAGAUAAAGCAAUUAAUAGCAUAGAGCCAUAUAAAUCUUUACAAGAUACUUUUGAUGAAUUUGGGCAUUUAUUUCCACAGAGAAUCGUCUUGGGAAGAUCUUUUCAUAGCGGUAUACCGAAUAUUUCAUCUGAUACAUUUGAUGAGAUUAAUUUGGAAUCCUUUGAUUCCGAGUCCUUAAAGACGCAUUUAGAUCAUUUAAACGUGUCAUAUCUUUUAACGCAAGGAGGAGACAUCAUCGACGUUGAAGAUGUUGAUGAAAUAUCUAAUCGAAUUCAAGACACUUACUCUGAUUUAGAAAUCAUUGAAUAUGAUCAAAUAAUUCCAACAUUUGAUCUCCUUAGGAUUAAGUACAGACAUUUUAAGGAAUUAGAUGAAUUAUUAAGUAUGCAACAUGAACUUAAAAUCUUAAUGACAGGAAUCACCGACCUGAAAGAUUUAGAUAAUAGUAAUACUGAACAUUUUAAACGUGUAAAUAUAGAACCAUCUCUGAAAAGUAGAAAUUAUGAAGUUUAUGGUUCGAUCCUCUCGGGAGAUGUGAAAUUGGAAAAUUGUUGUAUUAAUUUUGGGAUGUAUGACUUUAAUGGUUUUUCGGCAAUUAUAAAAACUUCCCAUGUUACUUAUAAUAGAAUAUCGGAAUGUCGUAUGUUAUGGAUGAUUAUCGGAAUUCCUUCGGAAUUGUCGGUUUUUAGUCCAAAUAAUCGAGAUUUUAAAGUUGAUUUUAUUAAAACCCCAAUUAUCAUAAAACCGGAAAGGUCUUAUUUUUGUAAGAUCAACACUAAAAUUGAAUUGGGAGAAGGGGAUAGGAUUUUUAUUAAUUCGGAUCAUUCAACAACAAAUUAUGGUCCUAAUAAUAUAAUUAAAUUGGCCGGCUGGGAGAGUCACUCUUUCGAUGUUCAGGUCAUUAAUUUCAAUUACGAUAGAUCAAGACUUUUUCAACUUGAUUUAAUUAUAUGUAUCAUAUAUUAUCAUGUUAGGUUAUUAUUUAUCGAUAAUAAAGCAGAGAGAUAUCCUUUAAAGUCAAUCGGGUAUACUACGACUAGAGAAAACUGCAACCCUGAUAUUGUAGUGAAGAAAAAGAUUCCUACUUUGGACAAAGAUUACGAUGAUUUUCAAAUGAUUGCUUCGAUGGAUAUUGGAACCACGUACUCCGGAUAUGGAUACGCAAAUAGGACAAAUAAUGAGAUCAUCAUCAAUGAAAUUUGGCCGGAUCGGAGUAAAUCACCAAAGACCGAUAUCGAUACCUUGUCACUUCAUAAUGUUUGUGAUUAUGAUUUUACUUCUGCGGUGUACUCUAAAUGUGAUAAUAUUACAACUUUAUGGAGUUGUUUUUAUAAUCUAUUUGGAUUAGUCAAAUCAACUUUAAAUCCAGAAAUGGAUUUUAAAAUCUUGCUUUCGGUUCCUUCAAAAUGUUCUUAUCGAAUAAAGGAUGUUAUACAUAACAUGUCGUUUGAAGAAGGAACAAUUCAAACAAUUUCAGAAAGUGAAGCAGCUGCUAUACAUUGCAUGAAUGUGAUAAGGAGAGGAAACUUAUUGGUUGAACCAAUGUCGCAUUUUUUGGUUGUUAAUUGCGGUGGUGCUACGGUGGAGUUAACUAUGAGACAACUUUUACCAAACAACAAAUUGGCAGAAAAAUCCUUGGGUACUUGUGGAUUUUGUGGAUCAAUCUACGUGGAUAGAAAAUUUUUUGUAUAUAUCUCAAUAAAAGUUGGUCCGGAUGCUUUGAAUUCACUUCGAACCAAACAUCAUGAACAAUUACAAUUAUUGAUUCAACGAUGUCAAGAAAUUAAACAUUCGUUUACUGGAAACAUGGAUGAUUAUAAUACUUGUGAAAUUAACCUUGAAGAAAUUUGUCCAGACAUCAAACAAUACGUUGUUGGAACAUAUAAGGAUGAAAUGGAAAAGGAUGAUUGGAUUAUAAAAUUCCAUUAUGAUCACAUCAAAAAAAUGUUUGAUCCUAUCAUUAAACGCAUCAUCUUACUAAUUCAUCAACAACUAUCUUUUAAUAAAUCUUGUGUUAUAAUCUUUUUGGUAGGAGGUUUUAGUGAAUCGAAAUAUUUACAAAAAUGUAUUAAACAAGAAUUUCAACAUUUAGUUUCAAACAUUUUUGUUCCUAAUCAACCUAUUACUGCGGUACUAAGAGGAGCGCUUGAGUACGCAUUAAAUCCCAAUUCAAUUUCUACAAGAGUGAUCAACAUGACUUAUGGCAUUAAACAAGAUGGAGUAUUUAAAAGGAUAGUCAAAAUAGGUACCGAAGCACAUGAAAAUCAGGAAUUUGGAUUGGAGUUAUCGUUAACUCAUGAAGAUCGAUUAAGGUUUCCAAUUGAACUUUACUCUACAAAUCUAAGGAACCCUAAAUUUUGCGAGGAUUAUGGGGUUGAAUUGAUCGCUAAUAUUAAAAUAAGUGCUCCAAAAUCUUGGUACAGCAAAUUAUACCUAGUGUUGAUAUUUGAUCAAAGUGAAAUUCGUGUUUACGUAAAAAAUCAAUACGGAAGGUAUAUAACAGCUGGUUUGGAUUAUUUUAACAAUUAA